AUAGGAUUCUGGUUUUUAUUUUCAGUUGAAGAUUUUCAAAACCUAUCAAAAAACCAAAAAUGUCAUAUGUCACAAUCAAAAUAUUCGCAAGCUGUCAACUGAUUUUGUCUCGCCCAUUAAGUGAUCAUUAUUAGUCGUUUAAAUUAAUUUUCACAUCUUAAUUGCUUAUUAAAAUUCUCUGAUCAUACUAUAAUGUGAAGUUAAUGAUUUUUUUGUCUCUUUUUGGGCGGUACUAUUAAACGAAUGACGUUAAAUCUUGAAAACAUCGACUGAGGAAGUGUUGUUUAUCUUAUGUAAAUAAUGUUUUUCGAUAUAUGUUUAUUAAGAGAUCAUCAACUAUGUUGAAAUUUCAUGAAAAUUGAGAAAAUGGCAUCAUCUUUCAACGCAGAUGCUGUGAGCACUUGCAGUGAAGCCAGUACUCUUGUUGAUGGGAGUGUAAUAUCCAAUGUACCUGACAGACAUGGAUUUCUGGGAGGUACACAAUAUUCUUCAGAACCCAGACAAGGCCCACCACCAGAAACAGUAUUACGUAGGGAAAAGAAAUGGUUAAAAAUGUUGUCUCUAUGGAAUUUUUACAUGGACAAAAAUUAUGCUAAAGUUAGAGAAAGAUGUCGGAAAGGCAUUCCAAUGUCAAUAAGACCAAGGGCUUGGCUGUAUUUAUGUGGGGGUCGUAUUCUAAUGGAGAAAUUUCCUAAUAAAUAUGAGGAUUGUUUAAGAGAUAGAGGAGAUCAAAAAUGUCUUGAUGAAAUCAAAAGAGACCUUCAUCGACAGUUUCCUACCCAUGAAAUGUUCAGUUCUGAGGAAAAGCCUGGGCAACAAGAGCUGUUUAAUGUUCUGAAAGCAUAUACAGUGCAGAAUCCUAAAAUGGGUUACUGUCAGGCACAAGCCCCAAUUGCAGCAUUUCUCCUGAUGCAUAUGCCUGCUGAACAAGCAUUCUGGUGUCUUGUGAGCAUAUCUGAUAAAUAUUUAGAGAACUAUUAUAGUCCUGCGAUGGAAGUAAUCCAACGGGAUGCUAUGAUUUUACAAGGCCUAUUAAAAAGGGUAUGUCGGCCUGCUUAUAAGCAUCUAAAAAAAGUGGGUGCUGAACCAAUGCUUUAUUGUACUGAAUGGUUUUUAUGUGUUUUCACAAGAACGUUACCUUGGGACACAUUGCUCAGAGUUUGGGAUGUUUUUCUUUGUGAAGGAGUUAAAAUAUUGUUCAAAACAGCACUAGUCAUAAUAAUAGGAUGUCUGGGAACAGCAAAAUCUAGAAAAAGUGCUGCAGGUCUUUGUGAAACUUUGGACCUACUAAGAAAUCCUCCCGAAGAUAUUUUAUUAGAAGAAAAUUUGAUAUAUAAUAUAAAUCAGUUGCCAUUAACCGAAAAAGAUUUUGCAAGUGAACAUCAAGCACAAACUUUAAAAAUGAAAUUGGAGAAAAAUGUGAAUGGAGCAAGUAAAAGAUAGCAAAUUCUAGGGUUCCUAAUUUCAAUAUUUCGUGGAAAAAAAAGAAGAGUAGUUCCAGAUUCAGGUAUUUGAAUGUUUCAGAUUAUAAAUAUAAUAUAGUCAUUAUAAAAAAAAUUCUGCAUUUCAAACAAGAAAUAGGUACAACAAAUUGUAUGUAUAUAGGUCGUAAAUAUAUUCGAAGUUUCAACAAUUUAUAGACUAUAUUCUCAUUCCAUUUUAACUUUUUUGUACUGUACUGUUGAAUGUUAACAUAAAUUUUUGAAAAUACAUAAGGAGACCUUCAAUAAGUCAGGUGAAUUUCCUUGGUUAUUAAAGUAUGUAUAUCAUUUUGAAUAUAAACUUAUGUUCCAAGUUUCUUUAUAGAUAAAAGAGGCAUAUGUUUUCACUUGAAAAAUUGUUAUUUCUUUGCAGCUCAAAAUUUGAGUUUCAUGGCAUCUAUUUUCAUUUACUUCUCAUUGAGAUUCCAAUGAAUGAUUUUUGUCAGUAUUCUAUCAUCACAAAACAAUUUAUAGAUUGCCUGGGAAGACGAAUGAGAGGUUUAAUUUCUUCAAGAAUUGUAUCUACUAAUUUUAUAUAUAAAUAUGGUAUAGUUACAUAUAUUAUCUUAAAAGCAUCUUUUGCUUUAUUUUAUGAAUGUCAUAUUCUGUUGAGCAUAUUAAUUUAUUAUUUGUUGUUUUUCUGACUAAUAUCUAGUUUCUUAUUUAAUAAUAUUUUGAUUUAUGUGCAAUUUUAUUCAGUUAGAUAACUUCAAAAACUCAAUGCUAAGUUGACUUCUUAUUGAAUCAAUCAAAUGGGUAAACGCAAUCCUAAAAAAUGUUUUUGGAAACUUAUUGAAAUUGAUUAAAGUUGGAGAAUAUGAGAAAUUGCAUUUGUUUUUAUACAGAUAACUCACGCCAAUUUUUAAAAUGCAUUGUGAUAAUUGGGGAAUUGUAGGUAGAAUAUUGAGUUUUGAAAGUUUAUAUAAGAUGACAAAAUUGUUAUAUGAGAAAAAUUCAUGAUGUUUGUACUGAAAUUAUGUAGUACUUUAGAAUAAAUGGUCUGAAGUGCAAACUAUUGGUUUAGUUUAAGAAUUGAAGAGUAUUAUAUUUUGUAUAAUCAUUGAAUGUUGAAUAUUUUCAAUUUUGUAUUUAAUCACUCAAUAAAGUAUCAAUUGUUUAA